CAUCCAUCAUUGCCUCGCUGAGGACUGCACCUCAGCUUCUCCAGCACAUUGAAGUCUCCGUCGGCAUCGGCGUUGGCUCUGCCUCUUCGUCGAGCUGAAGCAUCCAAGUAGCAACAAGAGCAUCGAUCUCAAACCAACCCCAAGAGUCUUGAUCUGCGCGAGUUAAUUGGCCCCGGCCCCGAUGGCGGCGUCUCACGGCCCCUCCUCCCUGCUGCUGGUGGCCUUCGCCUCCCUGAUGCUUCUGUGUCCGGUGCCUCGCGCCGGGGCGGCCGAGCACGUGGUCGGCGACGUCGCCUUCGGCUGGGACUCCGGCAUCAACUACGCCACCUGGGCGCAGGAGCACACCUUCGCCGUCGGCGAUGUCCUAGUGUUCCAGUACGUGAACACCCAGCACAACGCGUACGAGGUGACCGAGAGCACCUACCGGUCCUGCGACACCGGCGGCGGCGGCAACGGCGUGCGCGUCAAGUACACCAGCGGCUACGACAGGGUGGUGCUCGCCGAGGCCAGGGAGUACUGGUUCAUCUGCGAUUUCCCCGGCCACUGCCUCGGAGGCAUGAAGGUUGCCGUCAAUGUAUCAACCGGCGCCGGAGGAGGCGUUGGCCUGCCGCCCAAUGUGCCGCUGACGCCGAACAGCAGUGCGGCGCCGCCGGCCGGAGGUUGCCGGGGUUGGAUGGCCUGGGGGUUGCCUCUCGGUGUCCUCGUAUUCAUGAACUGGGCCAGAUGAUUGUUAGGUCCUGCUACUGACAGCUAUUGAUUUUUGGAUCAAACUCAAAAUGUGUUUUCAAUAUUCCAACCACGUUUUAGAUUGGCAUCAGCCUGAUCCUUCAAGGGUUGCGCGACCCAUUUGAAC